AUGUUCACCACGCUAUCGACUGCUGCAGCUGCGAACAUCCCGGCCUGCGGACCGAGAUCCUACAGUGAACCUGCGCUCAAGACUCGUGUGCACCAACGACCUAAGACACAUAGCAAUUGGUCACCCAUACCACGCAUUCCUCCGCCGAUCCGCGCGAUGGGAAAAGUCCUCUCCCGCCAACGGCCUCCUCCAUCAUCCUCUUCUCUACCACCACACUCGCACUUUGGACGAAGAUCAAUCCACUAUUGCUCCCACGAACAUGCCGGGAAACACUACUUCGAGCGUGCUGGGCAAGCGUGCUCGCGCAUCGUCGCCUUCUCCUGGGCCGUCAUCGUCGCCCUCGUCGCCAUCGUCGUCGCAGCCAACGACCCCUCCAUCACUGGCUUGCCUAACGACACCACCAUCAUCGGCUGA